GCAAUUUAUACAGCUUAUAGAAAUAAAUUGCUCAAUGAAAAUCAACGACUGAAAAAAGCGCUUAAGCCACUCAUCUUUUAUUUUCUACCGAUUACACUUAUCGAUCUUUGCAUAAUCGCUUAUGCUAUUGGAUUAACCAUUAAUAGAGAUUCUUUGGAUGUUUUAAUAGAUAUAAUUAAUACUCUUUUAAAGUUUCGUGCAACAAUAGUAACAUUAUGUACGGUUUUCGUUUUGCCGUCAUUCCGUAAAGCGAUGUUUAAUUUAUUGGGUAAUAGACGUCAACAACGGAUUGCCGUAGUAUUACCAUUCACUGAAACUCAUUCCAAUGCUGGACGAAAUAACAUUUAA